CUUCAUACGGGCACUUCAAGAUGUCGCGGCGUGCCGAGGGGAUGCUCUUUGUUGGGCGCUUGAGUAGAAGCACCCGUACAAGAGAUUUAGAAGAAAUAUUUGAACCUUAUGGGCGUAUGCUACGUUGUGAGAUCAAGUAUGGAGCUGAAAUGGCCUAUGCCUUCGUGGAUUAUGAGGAUCGUAGGGAUGCAGAGGACGCUGUCAAAUAUGAAAAUGGCCGCGAAGUGUGUGGUUCAUCCAUCAUUGUAGAGUGGGCCAAGGGAAACCCUAGGAGACCCCUGGGAUAUGAUGAGUGUUACAAGUGUCAUCGUCCAGGCCAUUGGGCCAGAGACUGCUAUGAUGAUAGAGGUGGUGGGGGUGGCGGCGGAUAUCGCAGGCCAAGAGGGCGCUAUAGAUCCCCAUCUCCCCGAAGACGUAGAAGAUCUAGAUCAAGGUCCAGGGACCGUAGGCGUAGAUCCCGCAGCAGGUCCAAGAAGAGCCGUUCUCGCUCUCGCAGUAGAUCUCCAAGGAGAUCCAGAUCUAGAAGCAGGUCUAGAUCAAAAUCACAAAAUAAGAAUGGCGGGUCGAAGUCACGUUCACGAAGUAAAUCGCCAAGCAAAUCAAGAAGUCCUUCGAAAGAAAAGUCCAAGUCUAAGAGUCCUUCCAGAAGUCGCUCCAGGUCGCGAAGCAGAUCCGGCAGCAAGUAGGAUAGGAAAAAAGGAACGGAUCCACAAAUUUUUGUUAACAAAAAAAGAAUCUGCCCAUUUGGUUGGGAAGACUUUUCAGAAGGCAAUUUGGGCAAGUUGAGCAAUUUGACUCUUUCAGACAGGGCGAGGUCUUGUUAAAUUUCAUUAAUUUCAAUUAUGUAGUCACCUACUUCACUUAGAUUAGUAGAUAUUUCCUCUUUGCAUUUUAUUCUUGUGUCAUAUUUUUAUGUUUACUGAACCCCUUUCACCAAGUAGACUUAUCACGCUGGUUACGAUAACCAUGCAUACUUAGAUACCUUGGCGGUUUUAAUGCAUGGCAUCAAGAUUUUUAUAUAAUGGGUAAAUUUUUUAAGCACAAUAAAUGAAGUGAAUAUA